UCGAGCGCGGAGGAAUCCCCGACGCUUCGUGAGGGAAAGUGACCCACCAAAGGCGACGCACUCCCUUGCCCCGCGUGGCGCCGCGACCAGAAGGCUGAGAAUCAGGGACCAGUUUCAUUCGCCGAAUAUUCGCUCCAUGAGACCUUUCAUUCCGGGAUGAAGUGGAGACGAAUUUGCGAUCGUAAACAUAUCUUUUAUGCUUGCGUUUGCCUGACUGAUGUAUACAGAUCCAAGCCGGAGUCCGCAGAGUUAGAGGAAAACAAGAUCCAGCUGAACAACGCAUUGGCUUUCGGCAAACUGCUAAGUGCUCUAAAUAAUAUUUUCUACAUCAGCAGUGCAAUUAAAAACAGAUUGUCGUUACGGCUGCCAUUCUCAAGGGCGAAGAAAGAUAUCGCCAGGUCCUCGGAAACCGGCUGCAAGGACCCAAGAAAUGCCAGGCCCGCACGCCGACGGGCACCGGCCGGCCAUGCCCAGCGCCCCGCCGUCACCCCUCUUCAUCCGCCAGUUCCCGAUCCGACUCGGCCAGGCAGCCGCAAAGCCACCGCUGCAAAAUCCCUUCAUGCAGUCCAAGGCCACGCCCAUGAAAGCCAUGCUUCCGCCAACCAGGCAUCCGCUCCCGGAACCCAAGAUCGAGCCUCUGCUGCCGACGCUGCAAGAACGGAGCCCCGCGCCCCCGCCGCAGCCCCGCAUGGCGCCAGGCCAGCCACCCUCGUACCACACGCCCUCACGAAGCAGCCCCCGAAGCCCCCCCGCCGUCAAGAGUCCCCCAUCAUCACCCCCUCCCUGUCUGGGAGCAGCCCCAGUCCAGCCCAACGUCCUUCGGCCGCCGUCGUUCCCUCGCAUGCCGCUCAGGGAGUCGCAGGUGAAUCUCCCGGGCCCGGCCUGGCUCAGGGACGCCACUCCCGCGUCAAUGCCACCGCGCCUCAUUCCUCUGUCCAGAAGGACGCAGUUUCCUCUCCGAAAGCCCGUGCUCCACCCGCAGCAGCCGCGCCCGUCGCCCUCGCCCCGCCGGCUGUGAACGGCGAAUGCGGAAAGCUGUGGGCGACGCGUCGUUUGGCCGGGCGGCCGAGGAGCCAGAUCUGCGAAGACGCUCACCUGAGGCAACUGCGGCUUGAGUUCGGCGCGCAGCUCUUAACGUCCAGCACGUUCGUUUGCCAAACUUCAUUUCAGGACACCGAGCCUAAAAAGAUCGUGUUUUUAGACCUGUAUCCUAAGGCGAGGAAACAAGGAAGUUUGAAUGACUCGGUUGUUACCACAGGAUGGCCAUGCUAUCCUAAUUCGAUAUGGAAAUACAGAGAUGCAUGGAGGAAGGAAUUCACUUUCGCUGAUGCCAUCCGCCAGAAGAUGCAGCAGAGGAUGCAGACGACCCUCGAGCAGUGGCGCAGCAGGGAAGAAGACGGGAAGGACGCCAAGCCCGUGGUGGUCGGGGUCCAUGUUCGCCGGACGGACCACUUCGAAUUCCUCACGAAUCAUACCAUGGGCAUUCCUCCAUUCAAGGACUACAACAGCGCUUUCGAAUACUACAGGGAGAAGUCGCGUGGCCUUCGUCGUGUUAAGCGAUGGCCGCGCUUGGUGUCGCGAGCACGAGGAGAAGGCCCGCCGUGAUGCCAUCGUAUCACCCAUGGGUACUUCUGAGGAGGAUUUGGUACUCCUGGCAAGUGGCGACCGUGUGGUGACGUCCGUGGGCACCUUUGGGUUGUGGGCGGGACUUCUGAACCAAGGAAGCCUCACCUAUCCAUCCAAAAUU